AUGGUGGAAUGUGGAAUGGGGGUGCGGGCAGUUGUGGCGUUUUGUGAUGAGCGGGAGAUAUCUAGACCUGGAUAUAAUACAUUUAUCAUCCCUUCCUUCCUUCCUAUGAGCCUCAAUGUUAAAAUAGAGAGUGGACAAAAUGGUGGUACUUUCGACGAUCGUUACUCUGCUGGAGAUAUACGUGCCGAUUGCCGGAAUAACGUGCUCGCGGCAGGUGAAGAAAAAUUGAGGUACCUCCAGAAAUUUAUGCAGUAUCUAUCUCAGAGAAGAAUAACGUUCGGUCGGAUAUCCCUUUCCCCUGGCUCAUUGGCAAUCAAUGAGCCGUUGAAUCCUAUUUUGUGGGUUAUGGUGUUAUUGAUUGAUAGAUCGGUCAAUCGGCUUGGCUCGAGAUAUAGUAGCAUCCACUUCUCUGUUCUUGACAACAAGGCGGGUAGAUUAUGCUGCUAUGAUGAUAUAGGGAUUAUGAGGUUUUAUAGCUGGUUACAGAAGUGCAUAACGAGUAUGGAGGACCUCGUCUAUAGGAUAUAUAUUGUCGGACUAGUGCGGAAUUUGCAUGCAAUGAAUGUAAUGUGCACACUUAAGGGUUGGGCGCUUCCAUGGAUUAGAAGUCCGACUCUGAAUGAACUGUAUGCAUUCAUUGCAUCACAACUAGAGGGUCGGGUCAUGGACACACGCACCCAGCUUGGCAGAUGGUUGUACAAGAUUGCCUUAUGUCACCCAAGCCUUCUCAGCUUCAUCUUUGAAACAGUCUCAAUGCAUCUCUGGCCCGAAGUAGAAUGA